UUCUACGAGAUGCUGAGGGAUAAGAGGAGGAAAAUACGCGAGUGAGAGAGAGAGGCAGUCAAUGUGAACCUAAACGUCACGAAUGAAAUCCGAACUCGAGAAUCGUAAAGCAACUAUCUUUUGAAAGUACAAACAAUAACGGAGAUGCCUCGGUAAACGGCAUACUCUGGCAGGGCAGUCGCGUUCAACAGUGAUAAAGUUUGAAUUAAAAAUUGUGUUGUGACGCGUCGUAUAUUGCUUAUAGAACGUAUGUUUUUGUUCCUGGCUUACAACACUGUACACCGACCUAACCUAUCUGCGAUGCACAUUUUUUUAUUUAAAGUUCUCUCACGUACUGAGUUUAACGUUCUACUUUGAUGAUUUAUUCUGUAGUUAUCGGUUGUAUGUAUUACCUGUGUUCAAUUAAUAUCGACUCAUUCACCAAGCGAUACUACCUGCUAUAAAUAGACAGAGAUUUGUAUUAAUUGCUGUUAAUAAUAGUCUGUGUCCUAUUGGGGAUUGUUUAUGUUAUCGUGGGCAGUAAGCCUGUAAAGUUAUCAAAUCAUAAAUCUUAACUGUACAAUUGUACAUUAAUUUUUUUUGUUAUCAAGCCUGUUCAUGUGAUACUCUUAGUAUUUUAGUCAACUAUAGCAUUUGAUUAUACAAAGCAUUGGGUGGUCAUUGAAGUGUCUUGUAACAGAUAUGUAAUUUACACCUACGUACAACAUUCAAUAUAUAAUCAGCUAUAAAAAUAGAGUUAUAAGAAGCUCUAACCCUUGAUCUGGCUUCAGUUGUUCUUGAAACACUGUGCAGAGCAAUUCUUCCAUUGUAGAUGUUGCUUAUUCGAUAAAGCAUUAGUUUAUUCAUUUCUCACUUAAAUCAGGAAAGUGCUGUUGUAAUUUAAAAAUGUGCAUUGCAAUCAUGAGGAAAGAGCAUACAAGUGAAAUAAUAAUCAGUGAAUCUUUGAUGUCAUAGUUGUAUUUAAUAGUGAGUGUGUAAUAUAGUGCUGGAAAAUGUCUCAAGAAUCAAAACCAUCGGGAUUAAGACCUCCAUCGAAAAUAGGUCGACCAACCUGUACAGUAACUCCAAAACCAGCUGUACCGCCUUCACCACCUAGAUCAAUAAACUCGAUGGAGCCACUUUGGGAAACGCACGGUCGCCGAUUGAGCGAGGCUGGAGUUCGCAGAGGAUCAGAUAAUAGCGUCGUUCUAACCGAGGACACCGACAGCUUUAUCAUCGGAGACCAUGUGUGGGUCGGCGGUACGAAACCCGGCCAAAUCGCCUAUAUCGGCGAGACACAAUUCGCACCGGGAGACUGGGCGGGCAUCGUCCUCGACGAGCCCAUUGGAAAGAACGACGGAUCGGUGGCCGGCUGUCGCUACUUCCAGUGCGAGCCGAAACGCGGCAUCUUCUCCCGGCUGACGAGGCUAACGAGACAGCCGAUCCAUGGGGUAUCGCCGAUUUCGCCGAGCGAGAGCGUCAAGGGCAGCCUCAACAAGUCAAUGUCGCCCUCACUAAACAACUCGACGACGAGCCUAGCAUCGGUGUCUCAGAAGGAGUUGCAGAUGGGCGAACGGGUGAUCGUCUCGUCGAGCCAGGGCAGCAAGACCGGUGUCCUGAGAUACAUGGGGGUCACGGAAUUCGCCCCCGGCGAGUGGUGUGGCGUCGAGUUAGACGAGCCUGUCGGCAAGAAUGAUGGCUCCGUGGCCGAUAAGAGGUACUUCGAAUGCCGUCCGAAGUACGGCCUGUUUGCUCCUGCGGCCAAGGUCAGUCGUUCGCCGUCGAACAACAACAGACGUUCGACGACGCACAGGCCCAGCGGGGCAUCUUUGAGCAUGUCUCUGCGCAAGGCCGGUUCGCGUGAAUCGCUGGCCUCGGUAGCGAGUCAAGCCACCAGCAUCGCCAGCAGCCGGAUCGCAACCGGCUCCACCAGCAGCACCGCCAGGUUACAGAAGGCUGGUUUGUUGCGCACUUCGACACCUGCUCGAAAGACAACGCAGGACAUUUUGAACGACAGAAAAAAGGAGAUAGAAACUCUUCGCAAGGAAAGGGAUUUAGAACGUGAACGGGUCACGAAAGCUGCCAGCCAAGCUGACGAAGCCGAGAAAGCAAUCGCAACUCUGAAAAAAGAAUAUGAAAAAUUCCGAGAAGAAACAGAGAAGGUUUCACAGGAAACUCAAAGUACCCUAGCGCAGCUUUUGGAGGAAAAAAAUCUCUUGGCCACGCAAUUGGAUGAAGAACGCAGAAAAUGCGAAGAUUUGCUGUUCCGCUUCGAAGAAGAGUCCAUAAGCAAGGACGACAUACAGGUGGCAAAUUCAAUAUAUGAAAACAAAAUCAAGGAUCUAGAAAAGCAACUUUCUGAGGAAAGAGAACGAGUUAUACAACUUGAAAGAGAUAGUACAAAGUUAUUUGAGGCCGAAGAAGAAUUAACUAAACUUCGUAUCGAAUUACAAAGUGCAGCUGCCGGCGAGAAAAAUGAAUUUUCAGAAUUACAAAAACGUAAUGAAGAUUUGGAGAAAGCACAACAAGAAUUUGAGAAGCUUCUUGAAGAAAAAACUAAAACGAUGGAGCAAUAUAUUGCAGAGAUAAGUUUAGCAAACGAAAAGCUGAAGGAGAAAGAGCAAGAAAACGUUUCACAGGAAGAGUCUAAAUCAAAUUUACGUAAACAAUUAGACAAAACUACUAAGCAACUAGAAGAAAAGUGCGCGCUCAUUGAUGAAAUGCAGAAUAACUUCAAGGCUCAAACUGAGAACUUGCAAAGAGAAAUUGAACGACUUAAAGAAACAAUAAAAAAUAUUACAGAACAAAAUACAGUAGACAGAGCGAAACUUGUCGAAGAAUAUGACAAACUAUUAAAGGAUAAAGAAGAGAUCAUCAAAUUAAAAACAUCAGAAUUAAAGCAAGAAUCACAAAAAAUAUUUGCUACUCAAGAGGGUGUCUUGGAACAGAUGAAAGCUGAAAAUGCUAAGCAAAUUCAAGAACUCUCAGAGUCCUUUAAAGCUCAGUUAAAUUCUAAAGAUGCGCAAAUCGAGCAAAUUUCUACUCGAUUGGAAGAAAAAGUACAAAAUGCUAGCAAAUUAAUAGCCCAAUUAAAUGAGUUGCAAAUUGGUGGAGUUACCAAAGAGAAUGAAAUGAAAAAAUUGUCAGCCGAUUUGGAAGAAUUAAAUAAAAAAUUAAUGAUUUCGGAUGAAAAAAGCCAGUCUCUCAAUCUACAAUUGAAUGAGUUGAAGGUUAAGCAUGAAGAAGAAAUUAAAAAUAUUACGGAGCAAAAAUCAAAAUUGGAAAAUGAAGUGUCUACGUUAACCCUUGAUAUUAAUAGUCUAAAAGAACAACUAAACGAGUUGAAUGAGUGUGUCAAAAUGAAAGAUAUAGAAUUAUCGAAAAUGCAGAAUUCGAAAAUCGAUGAAAUGGAAGAUUUGAAAAAACAAUUUCAAGAACAAAUGGAAGGUAAAAAUAAAUCGAUUCAAGAUAUUACGGCUGACGCUACAGAAAAAGCUUCGAGAUUAAGUACUCUUGAAAAGGAAUUAUCAGACUUAAAAUCAACUAUAGCAAGCAAAGAUGAAGAAAUCAAAAAUCUUACUAAAAAAACAUCGGAACUGCAAGACGCCUUGUCUCUAUCUGAUAAAACUAAAACUAAUUUAGAAAGUGAAUUACGCACUUAUGAAAAGAAUUUAACAGAAUUAAAUGAAAAGUUUAGUAGAGCUGAAGAAAAAAUCAAUCAGUUAUCAAGUCAAAAAGAGAAACUGGAACAAGAAAUUGCUAAUGCAGUCAGUACUUCAGUUGACUCGUCCGAUAAACUUGUAAAGUAUAACGAAGAGUUAAGACAGAAAGAAAAGGAGUUGGAUCAAGCUCGAGAUAAAGAGUUUGAAUUGCAAAAAUUAGUUACGUCUGCAGAGACUAAAAUUAACUCAAUGCAAGAAGAUCUUAAUAAAACUAACGUAUUAGUUGAUCAAAUGCGUUCAGAACAAGAAGAGUUUAAAUCUAAGAUAGCCUUAGAAAAACAAGAAACACAGGCUAAUCUAGAAAAAAUUAAAAUCUGUCAGUCAACUGAACAAGAAUUGAUCAAUAAAAAUAAAGUUCUUGAAGAUAAUAUGCACAAAAAAACUUUAGAAGUAUCUGAAUUAACGCAAUCUCUUCAAGACGCUCAAGAGAAAAACUUUCUACUCGAAACGCAACUCAAGGAAGCUGUAGAAAAGUACAACAAUGAAAAAUCACAGUUGGAAAAGCAAGUCAACGAUACUGGAGCUAAUGAAAUUACUCUUAAGGAGAAUAUUCAAACUUUAGAAAAAUUAAAUGCUCAGUUAAUUACUGAUCAAAAUGCAAUUGUUGUUUCUACGAAUGAGCUUAAAGGGGCUUUAAAUGCCAAAAAUCAACAUGUAUCUGAACUAGAAUCUAUAAUAAAUGAUAAGGACCUAGAAUUAAAAGAAAUCGUAAGCAACUUGGAAAAAAUAAAAAUAGAAAAAGAAGAAAUUCAAAAGAAUUUGGUUGAAACUAGUAGUAGAUAUAACGAUACGCUUACAGAGUUAACAUUGCUCAAAUCUUCAAAUACCAGCUUAGAGUCACAAAUGACUUUGGAAGUGGCUAACUUAAAGCAACAAUUGGAAGAUGAAAAAAAUACGUUGGAUACUGCUCUAAAAGAAUCAAAAAAAGAUCUUGAUGAGCUGAAGAAAGAAUUAGCUGCAAGUUCUGAAAUUAUAACAAAAACAAAUCAAAAGUGCAUGGAAAUGGAAGCCUUAUUAACAACCAAAGAAAAAGAAUUGCAAACACUUAAUGAAAACUUGAGUUCUGAAAAAGAAAAUAAUAACACAAUAGCACAGCAGAUAAAGGUGUUGCAAGAAAGUGUAGUCGCAAAAGAUAAUGAAAUUCUUGCCAAUGAUAAUCACAUAUCAUCUCUUAAUGAAAGUAUAAAGAAUUUAGAAUCUAAUAUUAAUAUACUAAAGGCUGAUUAUGAAAAUAAAUCGAAACAGCUAGCUGAGUUAGAGUUAACAUUAGUAGAAGUAAAAAAAUCAAACGAAGAUAGACUCAGUGAUGAUGUCAAAGAAAAACAAAGACAAAUAGAUGAACUAAUUAAGAAACAUCAGCAAGAUAUUCAAUCUAAGGAUACUGAUAUUUCUGAGCUUAAAAAGGCUGAAAAUAAUAAAGAUAAGUUACUUCAAGAACUCAAUGAUAAACAUAAAGUUGCGGAGGAGUUAAUUAAAAAAUUCGAAGAAGAUUCGAAUUCCAAAGAUAAAACUAUUUGCGAAUUAAAAGACGCUGAAGAGAAAGCUAGGAAAAUCUUACUCAGUUAUGAGGAGAAGCAAAAAAUUGAAGAUGGUUUGGUGGUUGAACAAACUGAAAAUAUUAAAUUGAAAGAUAAAACGAUUAUUGAGCUUCAAGAUGUUAAAAAAGAAAUGGAACAAAGAAUGCAGAAUCUCAUGGAACAAAUCAACGUUGCUAAUGAAAAAUCUGUACAAUUUGAAGAGGUUCAUAGACGCAUGGAAAAAGAAAAUAAGCAACUGCUUGCUAACUAUAACGAGACCUUACACAAGUUGAAUAUUGCAAACGAGAACCUCAAAAAUAACACAAACAACGACAUGUCUAAUAAAGUUGCCAACGUAAAGACUGAAGAGAAUGCUAAACCUAUUAUAAGUAGUUCAGACUCGGAAUAUACUAAGUUAAAAGCAGAAUAUGAUGAGGCCAAAGGUCAAAUUGACUUCCUAAACUCUGUUAUAGUUGAUAUGCAACGUAAAAACGAGGCGUUGUCAUGUAAAGUACAAGUCUUAGAAAUGGGUAUUCCUCCUCAAGAAGCUGACGAUUAUAAUCUUAAUCUAAUUGAGAAGAAAAUGCAACCACCAAGAAUGUUCUGUGAUAUCUGUGAUCAAUUUGAUCUACACGAGACAGAAGAUUGUCCUCUCCAGGCUCAAGAUCCCGAACCUCCAAGACCAAUUCAAACGGAGAAAAAGAAAUCCGUCCCGAGACCAUACUGUGAAAAUUGUGAAAUGUUUGGUCAUGAUACUUCAGCCUGCGAGGAUACAGAAACAUACUAAAGUUUUUAUUAAUCUUACUAUAUUAU